AUGGGUUUCUCCAUGUCUCAGCACAAGAUGCUGAGCAGCUCCUCCACCUGUGCCAAGUUGGGGAUGCUGCCAUUAAAGCGAAGAGAGCUGAGAGUGGAGGGGAUGAAGUGCAGGGAGGUGUUGUGCAGCAACAGGGAUGGUCGAGGUGGUGCUGAGUUCUGGUCCAUGGAGAAAGAAAAGAUGAAUGCUGGGUAUGUACUGGAAGGAGCGGUGCUUGAGAGCAGCCCUGCAGAGAAGGACCUGGGGGCCCUGAUGGAUGAGAAGCUUAACAUGAGCCAGCAGUGUGCUCUUACAGCUCUGAAAGCAAAUAGGAUCCUGGGCUACAUGAGAAGAGGGAGCUGGGCUGAGAGAGAGCAGUUGGACAGUGGCCCUCUGCACAGCCUGGGUUCUUCUCUGGAGCAACCUGUGGGUGCAGCCAUCCACCAGCUGAGCAAGGGGCAGCAUGGGGCAGACACGCGGCAGCUGCAGUUCCUGCACUUCUGGCUCUUGCUGGGCAUCUGCCUGGCCGCCCUCCUGGGCAACGGCCUCAUCAGCACAGCUGCAGCCUGCAACCACCGCCUGCACACCCCCAUGUACUUCUUCCUCCUCAACCUCGCCCUCCUCGACCUUGGCUGCAUCUCCACCACUGUCCCCAAAGCCAUGGCCAAUGUCCUCUGGGACACCAGGGCCAUUUCCUAUGCAGAAUGCACUGCACAGGAGCCCGUGAGCUUUGCGGAGGUGGCCGUGUAUUUCAGCAGGGAGGAGUGGGCGCUGCUGGACCCUGCGCAGCGAGCGCUGUACCGGGACGUGAUGCUGGAGACGUACCAGUGUGUGGCCUCACUGGCUCCACCUCGAGCCUCCAAACCCAUGGUAAUCUCCCUGCUUGAAAGAGGGGAAGAGCCCUGGAUCCCAGAUGUGCAUAGCCCUGAGGCCGUGCCAGGAGUCCUCAGCCCAGGAACUGGCAUUGCAGACAUACUGGAGGACCUGCAGGAAAGUGGUGUGGCCGAAAGGCGGUGGGGUGGUGUCUGUGUGGAAGAAAUCAGAAGGGAUGUCCAAGGAGGCCUGGAGCAAGGUCAGGGUGAGCACAUCAUGGAGCCACUGGGAAAGUGUAUGUUAAAGACAGGGAGGAGCCCGUUGGACUUCAACGUAGGUCAAAAUGAGCCUGAAGAACCCAGGAGCAAGGAUGUGUGCCAGCAGAAAAAGCAGAAUCCAUGCACUGAGUGUGGAAAUAGCUUUGAAAAAUAUUCCGCCGUUGUUAACCACCAGUGCAUACACUCAACAGAGAGCCUAUACAAGUGUUCUUAUUGUGGGAAGAGCUUCAAAAAGAAAUCCCAACUCACAUACCACCAACGCAUCCACACAGGAGAGAGACCCUACAAGUGCUCUGAGUGCGGGAAGUCAGUAAAAACCCAUUCCCACCUCACGUACCACCACCGCUUGCACACAGGAGAGAGACCCUUUAAGUGCUCUGAAUGUGGGAGGAGCUUCAAAAGUAGUUCUGAAUUGAAGCUGCACCAGCGUAUACACAAAGGGGAGAGACCCUACAAGUGCUCUGAGUGUGUGAAGAGCUUCAAAAGUAGUUCUGAAUUUAAGCGCCACCAGCGCAUCCACACAGAUGAGAGACCAUAUAGGUGUCCUGAGUGUGCAAAAAGCUUCAAAAGCAGUUCUGAAUUGAAACGCCACCAGCGCAUCCACACAGGAGAGAGACCCUAUAAGUGUCCAGAGUGUGCAAAGAGCUUCAAAAGUUGUUCUGAUUUGAAGCGCCACCAGCGCAUGCACACAGGAGAAAGACCCUAUAAGUGUCCCGAGUGUGGGAAGAGCUUCAGAAGGAAUUCUGAAUUGAAGAGCCAUCAGCACACGCACACAGGGGAGAGACCCUUCAAGUGUCCUGAGUGUGAGAAAAGCUUCAAACGCAGGUCUAAUCUCAACACCCACAAGCACAUCCACAGCGCACACAGGCUGUAGAAGCAUCCCCAGGAUAUGGGGAACCUUCAGAAACAGUUCCAGCCUCAGUAUCUACCAGCACAGCCACACAAGACACAGAGCCUGCAGAGCUUCUGUCAACAGUUUUUGGGCUGGUUCGGCCCAGUUCCGUGACCAGGGGGGUGGAGGGAUUUCAUAAAAUCUGUGCCUCUGGAAAAAAGGGAAACGGGACCCCCCAAAAAAAUUAAAAACAGCGGGAACGACCUGAGGAGAAACAAACUGAUUUACUCAAUGUAGUAUUGGAAUGCAAGAUAACACACCAUAAUACAAUAUAAUAAGAAUUGAAGCUAAUAAAUAAAAUAUAAUGAGAGAGAGCAUGUCCGAAAGGUGGGUAGGCCUCACCACAAUGCUGAGGUGAGAUGCGCAGUCCAGUUGAGCAGCAGGGAGAUGGGAGGAGAGCCGACAAAGAGCAGAUGAAAAAGAGCCCAUCAGGUGACCUUGCCAGGAGCUCUAUCUCCUUCCUGGCCGUGCUGCACAUUGGUUCUACGACUCUUCUCAAAUGCUUUGAACAGCUGGUCACAGCAGCUGUGUGACACCAAGCCUUGUUUGCCUCCAAUAAAGCUACAAA